ACGAAUAAGCUAUAUGAGCACCAUUCUCCUGAACCUAUUCUUCCGGUUUGAAUUCGUGACAGUCACAAGAAAAAUGAUGGGAAGUACAAGAGCUGACGACGAUGAUGAUGAUGUCCACCUGGAUUGCAAAGUCGCCCAUUGGGAAUCUUCCGCACACAUGGUCCCUUUCCUUUCAAAGUCUCGGGGCUACAAGCUACCUGGCAACCUACCUAGUCUUUCGACCGAAGAGUGUCACGAUAGUAGUCCGGACGCGGCCUCGGGAAUCGUACGCACGGGAUUUGGCAUGGCGCUGGACGAUAACCUGCGGACUGGCAUGAUCCAUGUUUCUUACGCAAGCAGCACGGAGACAAGACCUGCCCCCUCAGCCUCUCUCCCUCUCUUCUGGAGCGUAUGUGCUAUUCACACAUUUCAUCGAAAUCUUCCUCCAUCCUCCAUGAUUCUCUCUCAAUCUGCCUCAGCAGGCGCACACGAAGCUUCGGAUGGACACCACCUCUUUCACUUCAACAUGUCACCGCCUUUCUGGUCCCCAACCGAGGCAAACUUUUCACGUCACGUCACACCCGGCAGGUGCAUCGAGAAGCACAGGUCGCAAAAAGCCCUAGUCCAGCCCUUCAGUCGCCAAUUCCCAGUACACACGGUCAGGGCGGUGGUGCGGCGCUGCAGCAGUAUCCCACGCGCGCAUGCCAAGCGCGACCGACUCACUUUCAAUCCAGUUCGACCGGUCUGAGAACCAACCAUAGUAGGUGACAAGACGACGUGAGAUCCUGUCUCCGAUGUCUCGAGAACAAUGGCUGCCAGCAACGCAACGCCUCUCGUAGGCGGGCUCCGAUGGUGUGAUCCACGGGGAGCGAUGGAGACGCAGCCGCAGCCACAGCCGCACGCGCAAACGCCCCUAUUAUCUACGCCACGUUGCCGCCGUGUGAGCAAUAUGCCCAGGACUUUGCCUCCUUUCUGGCGGUGGGCAAGCUCUCGUCUCCAGUACAGUCACUCUUUCCCUCUCGAAGCGACUAUGAUCAUGCUUCAUGUCACACGGACGCAGAAGUGACGCCUUCCAAGGCAGAGAAGGAGGGGCCGUGUCCAUAUGUGUGGUGAUGGAGAUCUUGCAUAUCCUUACUUGACGAGAGCGAUCAGUAUGUACGUAUGACAAUGGAAAGGGGCGUGAUGGGCCAGAGGGUGUUUGCGCGAGCCGGCGCCACGCCACUCACUGGUCUGGGA